UAAAGAAAACCUUCCUGUUCGACCAAUAAUUUCAACAAUAAAUUCUCCAUGUUACAAAUUAUCAAAAUUUUUAACAAAUAUACUAAAACAAUCAUUCAGGUCAAAAUUUACAGUCAAAAAUUCAAAACAAGUCGUCAAGACAUUAAUCAAGACUCGAAUUCUUCCAGAAUACAUUUUAGUAUCAUUUGAUGUUUGUAAUUGUUUUAACAAUGUCUCAACACAAUUAGCACUCAAAAUUGUUGAAAAGUAUUUUGAUAUACGCAUAAAACCUAAUACUAAAAUUCCAAAAUCAACUUUUAUGAAUUUGUUAAAAUUUUGUUUGAUUGACUGCAACUACUUUAAUUUCAAAGAUAAAAUUAUAAGAAUGAAAACUGGUUUAUUUAUGGGAUCAUCUUUAGCACCAAUUUUAGUUGAAUGGGUUUUAGAUGAAGUAAUUCAGGAAGCAUUUCAAAAAAUAGAUUUUGUUCCACAAUUUUGGAUGGCAUAUGUUGAUGAUCAUUUGACUGCAGUUCCAAAAAACAAAGUAAAUAUGAUCAAAACAGCUUUAGAAUCAUUUGAUGGCAAUAUUCUUUUUACCUAUGAAACAGAAAAUGUUGUAACUAAAGAAAUAAAUUACCUGGAUUUAACAAUUAAAAGAAAUGAAGACGGCAGUAUCAUCACUAACUGGUUUCAUAAACCGAUAGCUUCAAAUAGAUUAAUUAACUAUUAUUCAGCUCAUCCAAUUAAUAUGAAAUAUAACACUGUUAAAAGUUUUAUUAGAAAGGUGUUUUCAUUCAGUCAUAAGAUUUACAUGGAAAAUAACAUUGAAAGAAUUAAUCGCAUUUUGAUUAAAAAUAACUAUCCAGUUCAAGUCAUCAAUAAAUUAAUUAAAUGUGUUCAAAAUGAAAAUUUUAAAAAUCGAACUAAAUCACCAAAUAAAUAUAGUAGAAGAAGCUACCAAUUCCUAUCUGAAACAAAAGAUGAAACUGUUAUUCGCGAUACAAAAAUUUAUUCAUCUAUAACUUAUAUUCCUGGACUGAGCGAAUCUUUAGCAAAAAAGUGCGAAUACUUUGUUCCUGAAAUAAAAACUGCCAUGAGACCAAAUAACAAAGUAUCUCAUUUUUUCGCUAAUACAAAAUCAAAGAUUGAGAAAACAAAUAAAAGUGGAGUAGUUUACUCUAUUCCAUGCAAUGACUGCCCAAAAAUAUAUAUUGGUGAAACAAUACAAAAAUUAGGUUGUCGUAUCAAUCAACAUAAAAAUGAAUGCAAGAAAGUCCUCGAAGGCUCAUCUUACAAAAAUAUCGCCGCUUUAGCUGAACAUACUAAACAAAAUGGACAUUCUUUUAAAUUCGAUGAAACUAAAAUUUUGAAAUCUGAAAAUCAAAAGUUUAAAUUACAAGUGCAUGAAGUAAAUCAAAUAAUUAAGUACGAAGAAAUAGCUUGUAAUUUUAAAACUGAUAAAAAAGACUAUAGUAAUACUUACCAUAACUUAAUAGUUAGUUCUUAAAAUAACAUAAAUAUUAAUUUGUUAUAAAUAAUUACUUUAUUUAUUUGUACUCAGUAAUUUGCUUGUUUUGAUUCUUAAUUAAAAAUUAAAAAUCAAAAAUAAAAAUUAAAUCAAUCAUUUCAUAAAUAUUAAUGUUGUAGCCUGUGAAAAUAUUUUAUAUGUUAUAAAUAUAAUUAUAUCAUAGCCCUGAAGAUGAGGUGUAAAUCACCUCGAAAUAUAUUGGCAAAAUAUUAAAAAAUAAAAAAUGGCGUUUUAAUUGAAUUUGAAGAAAGCUAUACAACUAAAGAAUACAAACUGAUUCUCUUUUAUUUAUGCUACAAGAAAAACCACCCUCGAACACUAUGAACAUUUCCUUUCCAGUUCGAGUAAUUUCGAUCACAUUGAUCAUAAACAUUUUGUUCACGAUCAUUUUACUCGAUUUUACUCGAACA